UCGUCGGUGCCGGCGCCGCGCCUGCCGCUCCUGUCGAGUCGGUGGACGCCGCCUCACCGCCGGACCCGACGCCCGCGCAACCGCCGCCCGCUCCGGCCUCGGGUGCGUCGCACCAUGACGACUCUCGGCGACGUCCAGCGGCCUCUGCUGCUCCUGCUGCUGCUCGUAGUAGGCCUUACACAUGGUGCCUCAGAGGUGUUUGUGGUGAAAGACAGCAAUGGGACAGCUUGUAUAAUGGCCAACUUCUCUGCUACCUUCUGGACAAGCUACAAGACUGGGCAUGGUUCUCAGAAUGCAAGCUUUUCUCUGCCAUCCUCUGCAGAAGUACUGAUUAGCAACAGCUCUUGUGGAGAAAAUCCUUCUGAAUCCAUCCUCACGAUUGGUUUUAGAAAAGGAUAUUCCCUGACUUUCGCCUUUGCAAGAAAUGUAACACGUUACCAGGUCAAGGCUAUGAAGUUUACUUACAACUUGUCAGACACAGAAAUUUUCCCCAAUGCAAGUUCCAAGGAUAUCAAGGUGGAGGAGUCUGUAAGUGACAUCGAGGCAGAUAUAGACAAAAAGUACCGAUGCGUCAGUGCUAUGCAGAUCCAAAUGCAAGAUGUGAUCAUCACAUUCCAUGAUACCACCAUCCAGGCCUAUUUGUCGAAUAGCACCUUCAGCAAGGAAGAGACUCGCUGCAAGCAGGAUGAACCUUCCCCAACCACUGCACCACCCAGCCCCUUACCACCACUUGUGCCCACAAAUCCCUCAGUGUUCAGGUAUAACAUGACUGGUGACAAUGGAACCUGCCUGCUGGCCAGUAUGGCACUGCAGCUGAACAUCUCCUACUUGCACAAGGACAACACGACUGUGACCAGAGUGCUCAACAUCAACCCAAAUGAGACUUUGUUUGAUGGAAGCUGCAGUGCCCAGUUGGUAACCCUGAGCCUGAGGAACCAGAACCAGAAGGGCAAUGUCCUGGUGUUGCAGUUUGGGAUGAAUGCAAGUUCUAGUGUAUACUUCCUACAAGGAAUCCAGUUGAAUAUGACUCUUCCUGAUGCUAGAGAUCCCACGUUCAGAGCUGUCAACAGCUCACUGAGAGCCCUGCAGACCACCAUUGGGAACUCGUACAAAUGCAGCACUGAGGAGCACAUCCCUGUUACCAAGGAGUUCUCCCUCAAUGUCUUCAGCAUUUGGGUCCAGGCUUUCAAAGUUGAAGGCGACAGGUUUGGGUCUGUGGAAGAGUGUGUGCAGGAUGGAAACAACAUGCUGAUCCCCAUUGCUGUGGGUGGCGCCCUGGCAGGGCUGGUCCUCAUUGUCCUCAUCGCCUACCUCAUCGGCAGGAAGAGGAGUCACGCUGGCUACCAGACCAUUUAGCCUGGUGGGCGUGCGCACCACAGACACACAGGGGCCUGUCCUCAUGUCCCCGAGCUUAGAUAGGUGUGGAGGGGAGGCACACUUUCUGGCAAGCUGUUUUCAAAUCUGCUUUAUCAAAUGUGAAGUUCAUCUUGCACCACUUACUAUGCACAGAGGAGUAACUACCAAAAUGAUGGUGUUAAUUUUGCUAACUGGUUAAAUGUUAAUAUUACCAAAGUAGAGCUCUAAGGGGAGGGCAGGAGUGCAUUUCUGAAUUGGCAUGAGCUCCACUCAUUCAACGUUUUAAGAUUUGGUGUUUGGUUUCUUCAUUCUUUACUCAGAUUUAAGCCUUACAAAAGGGAAUCUCUGACCCGAACACUUGGGACUGAUGAAGGGCGGCUGAUCAGUAGGUUACAUACUUAGGAGAAGGAAACAGGAGAGCAGGGUGUUCCCACAUGAGUACACAGUGGGAAGCCUCUGGAUACUCAUGUUGGGCUGCCUGCUUGGGGUCUUGCCCACUGCCCAGCUGGGGCGUGACCACAUGAUGCUCUGCUGCCCAAGAGCUGGCACUUUUCUAAAUAAAAAAGGCAUUAUUUUUAUUUACUUUUUGUAAAGUGAUUUCCAAUCUUCUGUUGGCAUUCAGGGUGGCCCUGUUUCUGCACUGUGUACAAUAAGAGAUUCACUCUGCUGGCCUGUCCUCUGCAGCUUGGGUGGGUUGUACACUGAGGAUCAGCUCAUGUAAUGCAUUGCCUGUAACAAUGCUAAUAAAAAGUCUCCUUCUU